UCGCAUUCGUACGGCUGCGGUGGUUCGCUCGUUCGCUGGUUUCGCCGUUCCGUCCACCAGAAACCCCCCCCCCCCGAAAAUAACGCGAAAAAACCGCGAUCCGCGUUUAAUAGCCGAUAUUUUGUGUGAUAUCAAUUACCAGGCGAUUUUCACCUCCUACCCAAGAAGCCCCGGUGGUAUGUUCCUAAACGCGGCCACCGCGGCGGUGGUGGUUUGCCUCUGGGCCCUGUCGGCCGCGCUCCAGCAGCAGCUGCACCGGUGCGAGGAAGGCGGCCGCGUCGGGUUCGAGCUGCUCACCGGCUACGCGGCCAGCCCGGCGGCCAAGCACGCCGUCCGCGACCAGAUGGCCCUGUUCGCCCUGCCGCAGUGCAUAGACGCCUGCAGGGACGACGACCAGUGCGCGGCCGUCACCUACGAGACGGGCGCCUGUGUGUCGUUCGCCGCCAUGCCGGCCAAGACCGCCAACUCGGACUUCCCUCUGAAAAGAUUACAAAAUCCUACUCACUCCACGACAACGGUUGCCAAGAAAGUGUGCUUGCAAACACCGGAAAGCUGUCAGCAAAGGAGUUGGACUUUCGAGACGGUUCGCGGUGAGCUCAAAGUGCCUGCCAGACAACAUUACCCGUCCGUGACCAGGACCGGUUGCAUGGACUUGUGUCUGAACGAGAAGGACUUCCAAUGCAGGUCGAUCAAUUUCAACAAGGAGACGGGCGACUGUUAUCUGAACGACGUGGACAGGUUCACGAUGGCCGGGCGGCCGUCGAUGGCCAACGCCGGCCGCAACAACGGGUCGUCGGCGGACGCGGACGCCAUGGUGGACUACAUGGAGUCCAACUGCGUGCAGGAGCAGCCCAAGAUGUGCGACUUCGCCGAGGUGGCCGGCAAGCUGCUGAAGACGGUGGACGCCGUCUACGAGAACGUGGCCACCAUGGACCGGUGCAAGGAGAUAUGCCUGGCGGCCAAGGAGUUCCGGUGCCACUCGUUCGACUACAACGAGACGGGCGUGAACGUGUGCCGGGUGUCGCACCACAGCACGUCCAGCCUGUCGCAGCUGGAACGGCCGUACCUGUCCGUGCCGGGCGCCACCACUUACCAGAUGUCCUCGUGCUUCGCCGUCAAGAUCGACUGCCGCGGCACCGACAUGGUGGCCACCAUACACACCAACCGGUUGUUCGACGGCAAGGUGUACGCCAAGAACAGGCCCAACUCGUGCGUCAACGACGUCAAGGGCGCGCUCGACUUUGAGCUGCACCUGGACUACCACAACCUCGACUGCGACGUCCGCCAAGACCAUCCCGGCAAGUUCUUCACCGAAAUCAUCAUCCAGCACCACGACCAGAUAGUGACGGGCCAGGACGUCGGGCUGUCGGUGAAGUGUUCGUACGAUUUGCAAAACAGGAGCGUCGGCCAGGGCAUAGAGCUGGCCAUGGCCGCGGCCGAGUCCGAAGCGCAGGGCGCGGCGCACGAGGCCGGCGGAGUGUUGGGCGGCGGCAUGGGCAACGGCCUGGACGACAACGACGUGGAAGAGGCCGCGUUCGUCAUAUCGCCCACGGUGAUGAUGCGGAUCACGAACCGCGACGGGGGCGACAUCCACGCGGCCCAGGUGGGCGACCCGCUCAGCCUGAGGUUCCACAUACUGGACGACCGGUCGCCGUACGAGAUAUUCGUCCGGGAGCUGGUCGCCCUGGACGGCGUGGACGCCAGCGAGAUCGUGCUGAUCGACGGCGACGGCUGCCCGACGGACCCGACCAUAAUGGGCCCCAUAUCGGCCGUGGACACCGGCACGCCCGGCACCGUCAAGAUACUGGAGGCGCCGUUCGACGCGUUCAAGUUCCCCACGUCCGACAUCGUCCAGUUCAAGGCGUUGGUCACACCGUGUCUGCCCAAAUGCGAACCAAUCAACUGCAACGUGGUCGGCCAAAACGGGUCCGUCCGGCGAGCGGACUCGUUCGGCAGGCGGAGACGACGGAGCGUCCAGGACCAGACCACGGACGAGGUGGUGUUCCAGGAGAUCCGGAUCGAGGACAAGUUCAAGUUCGACGCACGCAAGGCCGUGGACGCCGCCGGCGAGGGCGGGGACAACGAAAUGAACUUCGCCGGCGGUCGCCCGUUCGCCGUGUGCUGGAACACUUACUCGUUGGCCUUGCUGCUGGCCGCUUUCGGCCUGCUCCAGCUGUUCGUCGUGCUCGGCUGUUACCUGUGCGCGGCCGGCCGCCGCAAGUCCAAACCGGGCGGGCCCAAGGCCGGAAUAUACGAGACGGCCAUCAGCGACUACGCCGCGGCCACCGUCCGCAGUCCCGUCUCGUGGGACAACAGGGACUAUUACAACUAAUAGGGGAAAAAAAUUGGGUUUUCCCCGCUUAAUUUAUUAUAAUAUUGUGCUAAGAACAAAAAAAACAAAAACGAUAACUCCCAAAAUCAAUGAUAACUUUUAAAAAAAAAAAGCAGUUCAAUUUUUUUUACCUUUACAUGGACCCUAAACAAAAAUUGGGAUAGUUGACUGCGCACUUUGAUUUACAUUUUUAUCAGAACGUUCUGAAGGUAAAAUAAAAAAACACUCCUCAUAUCUUAUCAUCCCUCAUUAUCGCUAAUUAUUAAUUUAGAGUGACCGUUUACUAUACCUAUCUCUAUUGUCUGGACAAAGAUUGCAAUUUUCACCAUCGGCCAUCUUCUUCUCAUGUUGGCAAGACUACUGUCCAAGAUGAUUUCCAGCCAUUACUUCACUCCGCCACUUGUCUCUAUCUUGAAAUGCAUAUCUAUUUAGUCUUCAACUCCUGGGAUUUUUAGAUCUUCUUCUGCAACAUCAAUCAGUUCCACCAGUGUCGUCACGAUUAUUAUCUACUAAUAACAGAUAAAAAUAGUUUUUUUUCUCUAAAGUGGCUGCACUGAAAAUUGCAACCCUCGUCCAAUCAAUACCUCCGCGUAGCGGCUCCUAUUAUUUUACUCAUAAACUCUUAUCGCUCUCUCCUUAUCACAUUUCUUAUCUCUUCUCGCUUAUCUUUAUCACACAGCAACAACUGCUUACACUUUUUAAAUGGCAGUUUCAAGUGUUACUAAAACUUCAAAAAAGCCUAACCAAAUCAAUAUUAUACUUAUACAAAAUGAUGUACCUAUAUCUUGGACUUGCCUAGAAAAUCGUAUAAGAUUCGGAGUUGUCGUUUUGUUUUUUUUGUCUUAGGUAUUUUGUACAUAUGAUGAAAACUAUUUAAAAAAAAACGAGAGGUACCCUAAAAAGAGAGAGACGUAAAGACACGAGUCCAUUUUUUAUUUUUAAAAAUGUCCACAAACCGUUGACCAGAGUCCAAAACGGUCAUGGAUAAACUUAGGAUAUACCUACCCAUCUUAAAUAUUCCCAUUGUGUUAUUAUGAAAACCAGAAAAAAUUACAACACUAAAAUUAAUAAUCAAUAUAUACCAACAUAAAGAGUACAAAAAAAACUUUAGCAAAGAAUACCUAUUUUUUGUGUAGACAAAUAUUUCCUCCUGUAAUUAAUUUCUGGAUGUUGUAGAUUUUUUGUUUUAUAACAAACACUAUAACCCAUUUUAAAUGUUGAAUUUGUUUUUCUUGGCAAAAUUAAGCGACCAGACUUUAACUAAAAACCUUUUUUUAUUGAGAAAGUCAAACUAAUAUCAAAAUGGACUCGGAUCUAUACUGCUCUCGUGUGUUUUCAACGAGGGACGUUUUGGGUUUUUUAAUGUAAUUAUAGAGAUCAGACCUGGACAAAAGUCAAUUAAAAAAAAGCUUAAAAUUCAAAUAUAUACAAAAAAAAAAUUAAAAUUAUAUUAAAUUGUUUACAUGAAUCAUAAAAAUAUGCUCUCUCGUCGCAUUGAAAAAUUAAGUUAAA